AUGGCGGGUGCCAUACCAAAGACUAACGUGACGAGGAAGGAAAAGACCAGAAAGGAUCUUGUACGAAAAGCACAAAACGUGGGUAAUGCGUACCGUGUGAAGUCGCACAUAGCAACUCAGAAACAAUGGACUAUGUACAGAAAAUCGAUGAUCUCAUCAUAUUCUGUUCCAGUUCCUAUCAACUAUUCUUUGACUAAUGGAUGAGAUGCAUGUGGGAUAUUUUUGCCGUAUAAAAAGUAUGUAU